AUGGAAAUUAAUUUUUUAUCAAAAAUGUUUCUACCCUUUAUCUUACCAUUCUUAGUAGCAGGAGCUCAAGCUUCUCUAGCAAAUCCAGAGCAAAUUCAUAUUUCUUGGACAGAAAAUGAGCAUGAAAUGAAAAUCACAUGGUCCGUCUUCUUAGAAACCGAAUGCAAGUUAUGGUAUCGCCCUACACUAUGCAGCGAUACAAGCACAGAUUUUGCUUUUAAGCAUAUAAAAAGCCAACACACAAAAUUUGAUGAAGGAACUUGGGUUAAUCGUUUUGUUUUUAUCCAUACAGCAGUCUUAACUAAUCUUCGAGAUGAUUGCUUUUAUGAGUAUUAUAUCGAAAAUCAUAUCUCGACCAGUGAUACCUAUAUCUUCAGCGGACAAACCCCUCAGUCAUUUGAUAACUAUGGCAACUCCAAUAAUCCUGUUAAAGUAAUUAUUUUCGGCGAUUUAGGGACUGGACCACAUGGGAACUUGACUUACCAGUAUUUACAAGCGGAUGCCGUUUCUAGAAAUUUUUCCGCAGUUUUUCAUAUGGGAGAUAUAGCUUAUAAUUUAGAAAGCAAUGACGGAGAAGUGGGUGAUGAAUUUUUAAAUAUGAUACAAAGCACAGCGGCAAUUAUUCCAUAUAUGACUUUACCCGGAAAUCAUGAAAAUGACCAAAAUAUGCUUCAUUACCGGAUGAGAUUUAAUAUGCCAAAAAACAAUAUAGACCCAGACGGUCUCUUUUAUUCCUUAAACAUUGGCCCAGCCCACUUUGUUUUUUUAAACACAGAAAUUUAUUUUGAUUAUUAUAAUUACCCUUAUGAUGAAGAAGAUUAUCAAAGACUUUGGCUUAUUAAUGACUUAACAGAUGCAAAUGCCCAUCGCAAUGAAAGACCAUGAAUUAUAGUAUAGCUUGAGCACUCUUUUGGCUUAGGCUUCCCGAUCUUUCCUGAUGGGAAAGAGGGAGUUGAUAAAAACCAACUGAUUCUGGCUUUAUUGACUCCUAAAUGGCAGCAAGUGGUUUUGUCAUUUGGGAAGCUUCUCAUACUGACAUUAGUUGGUUUGGCUAAAGCUCCUCUUUUCUAUCGGGAAAGAUCUAGAUGCCCAAUAAAAUAGAGCGCUCGGGUAUAAUGACUCAUCAUCCUCUAUAUUGCUCAUACGAUUUCUUUAGACAUAGUGUAGAGAGAAACAUUGUCUGUGGAGCUGAUACCUGGUUUUUCAGAGAUAAAUUUGAGGAUAUUUUUUAUGAGCAAGGAGUUGAUAUGUUCCUUGCUGGGCAUUUGCAUACUUAUGAAAGAAUGGGUCCAAUAUAUAAAAAUAAUACAGUUAAGAGUGAGCGUGAUGAUUUGAACUUACAUUUAAAUCCUCAGGCAACUGUUUAUAUGAUUGAUGGAAAUGGAGGAAGCGUUAUAGCUGAUAUCGAAUUUUAGACGGUAUGCUUUUAAAGUUGUAUGAGCCAACUAGAGUGUAGAUUUUCGACUAGAGCUGAUAAAACUAACUCGAGACUGAAAUUUCUUAGGUUAAUUUACUAUUUGAGUAGUGCCAAUUAAUCUGAAAAUUUAUGAUCAAAUCAUAGAUAUAAAGCUAAAAGUUAGCAUAGGCUAUAUAGGUCACAAUGCAGAGUUAAGCACUACCCCUCAUUUAUGGAACUUAUACAGUUCUAACGACUUUGGCUAUGGAAGAAUGACUGUAUUCAACAAAAAUCGUAAUAAAAUGGCUAAUUAUGGAAAUAUACUUCUCUUGCAGAUUUUAUUAGUUUUCGAGGCGAACCUUUAUCCACAAUGACAAUAUGAAUAACCACAUAGGGUAUUUCAACUGGAUCAAGGAAAAAGGAGGCCUUAAGGCGGAGCACACACUGGAGUCUAGUUAGGAUCGGCCAGAAAAGACUUUCUGGCACUUUUAUGGUAUUUUCUGGAAUCCUUUCUUGACAAGAUGGCUGUUAACGCUAUCAGUUGGGAGUUAAAGGGAGGCUCUCAUAUUAAUUCUGCGAAGAUAGUAUCACUUCAAAAUAAGGAUAAUUAAGUCUGAAUAUUCAAUAAAACUCAUUUGUUUUUUGAGCAAUUCAGCGCUGCGCAAGAAAAAGUUACAGAUACUCUUUGGUUGAUAAAGACAAGAAAUAGAUUCUAA